GCGGGGAUCUCGUGCGCCUUAGGCUCGCUACUACCAAUCACCCCAGCUCCCUCGCCACAAACGCCGCCCUCAUGACGCGGCAACGGCCCGACUUUGCUGCGCUCAGCCUUCCGGGAAAGGAACACUCAAGGCAACUUCCCUCUUGUUUCCUGAGACACCGCUUGCGCUUCAUCUGCCCGGGGCCGAUAACUGAAGAAGCUUGCCGCCAUGUGUACCUGGGUGCAUGCGGGAGCGGUCUCACGCCUUGCACUUUGCUUUCUCAUGCCCACGCCUUGUAUCGUCUAAGCCGGACAGGGCACGCUGGAAUACAAAGCACUGCUGCCCCGUCGCCACAGGCACUGUACCUAGUAGCUGAGCGGCUGUGUCGGUACGCCGAUCUCCUGACACUUUGUACUGAAGAUACAAUGCAGCCUCGUCCGAGGAGACCAUCCGGCUUCAUUGCAAUCCAUCGCUAUACACUGAAUCGUGAUCCUUGACUUCCGCAGCCGCGUUCUCCGCGCACCUUACAGUCAUUUGACGCCUCAUGACCGCCGUUGGUGGUCACUUCAGCGGUGAUGGCUGAAUUACUGCACAAGCUCUAGGUUCUCCCCAUCUUUCGGCGAGGACGAUGCCGAGCGUUCUCUAACUUUGGUAUAGCGCUCAAAGCAAUGUGGCUCGAUGCUGCCUCCUUGGGAUACGCUGACGCUGCUCAAUGAAUAUUCCGGGCCUCUAGAGAGCUCCUACCUGGCGAUUCUUCCCGACCCCAAUCGGC